AUGGCGACCACCGGUAACCACGUGACUAUCAACGGGAACGGCACCACAAGCUUCAUCACUAAGAUCUUGGCCCCCGUGUCGUCCCCUGUGCCGGUCCCUGUGUCGACCCCUGUGCCGGUCCCUGUGCCGGCGCCCGUUUCGACCCCCGUUAUGACUCCGGCGUCGACUCCCGUGUCGGCCGCUGUGCCGGUCCCCGUGUCGACCCCUGUGCCAGUCCCCCUGUCGGCCCCUGUGCCGGCCCCCGUUUUGACCCCCGUUAUGACUCCGGCGUCGACUCCCGUGUUGACCCCCGUACGGGCCCCCGUGUCGACCCCCGUACGGGCCCCCGUGUCGACCCCCGCUUUGACUCCGGCGUCAACUCCCAUGUCGACCCCCGUGCCGGGCCCCGUGUCGACUCUGGCGUCGGCCAUGGUGUCGGCCUUCGUGUCGGCCGUUGUGUCGCGCCCCGUGCCGACCCCCGCUUUGACUCCGACGUCAACUCCCGUGUCGAACCCCGUGCCAACUCCCGUGUCGACCCCCGUGUCGGUUCCCGCAUCGACACUCGUUUCCACUCCGGCGUCAACGCCCCCGUCGAGCCCUCAUCCGACCCCCCGUCCAAUCCCUUCUCUCGACAUCAACGCCAACAACACCACCACCGGCACUCCCGAUGAGCCUUCUGAGCAAACCCACUACCGCGUUUACCUAACCACCGCUUUCGAACGCGAUCUGCUCCAUCACUUUAUCUGGGUGGAAACCAAGCCCAACGACAUCUCAGUCAACUGGGGUCACGCGUACCGUGUCGACGGCAACCACCAUGGAAUGAAGCACCAAUUCCACAUUUGUUGUGAUCCCUUCGUCGAUACGAGCGGCCGGACCAAGCAGCACAUUAGUUGGGUGCGGCGCCAGGACAACGAGAGGGUCAAGGAGGUGUGUCGGUCUGUCGCCCCGCCCGGCCCGCAACCCGAAUCAAACGGACUGGGACGGUCUGACCUACGUGUGCCUGCUCGCAAUUGGAAGCACUGGACUGCCGACGUCAUUGCCACUCUGCGGACCACCGGUGUUCUUCAGCCUCUGACCCUCCGACGAUGA